AUGCAUCGACGUCGACUAGCUUUGGUCUUCGGAAAUGAUGACUACAGUGGUAAAGAAAAAUUAAAUAGUUGUGUCAAAGAUGCAAAUGAUAUGACAGUUGCAUUAACGAACCUGGGUUUUCAAUGCACGAAAUAUCAUAAUUCAAAUAAACGUGCCAUGGAUAUUGCUAUUAGAGACUUUCGUGCAAAAAUUCGUGAAAAUGACUGUAUUUUAAUAUAUUUUUCUGGACAUGGCAUGGAAGCAAACGGUAAGAACUAUUUACUGCCAAUCGAAGCAUUGCACGAUCCAGAAAUCGAUUGUAUAAAUUUGGAUACCAUGUUAAAGUAUCUGAAUGGUUCUGGUAAUAAUCUUUUAAACAUUAUUAUUUUGGAUGCUUGCCGAGCUGAUAAAGCUAAUGAUACGUGGAAAAUGAAAGCGACUAAUGAAGAACCUUGUCUUACACCAGCAUUUGGUAAAGCAUUAACGUCACAUGUUCGUAUGCCAAACGAAUCACAAUUUGCUUUGAUAUUUUCAUCUGAUCCUGGCACAGUAUCUUUCGGUAGUGAAAUUGGUGGAAAUAGUUUCUUUACUUCAGCACUGUUAAACCAUUUGGCAACACCAAAUUUAGAGCUUGAUGGCAUGAUGAAGCAAGUUAGAAAAGAAAUAUUACAAAAAUCAUCAAAUAAACAACGACCGUGGCUCCAUUCAUGUUUAACGGAAGAAUUUUAUUUCAAUAAAGGUUUGUGA